UACGUCCAUUUUCAUGUAUGGCAUUCUUGCAUAUCCACUCACACACAUAAAUUAAAAGAUAGAAACAGAAAAAAAAAUAGAAAAUGGCGAGUGCGAGUGCAAGCGCAGCAUGCUGUUUUCAUCAAGCAGCAAUGAGCAGCCGCCACAAUUGUAAAAAGCUUGUCCCAGUCCAGCACACGGGAAGAAGGGCGAGAAUAAUGACAAAAUGUAGGCGUAGUUUGGGAGACUUCAUCGGAGGAGAUCUGCUGAAAUUGGACAUAGGGCAAUGGCUGUCGGACGUGGAGGAGCACAAGGCGUUGGCCAUCUACUCCCCACACGAGGGGGGCUACGAGGGCCGCUACCUCAUCCGCCUGGCCCACCAAGGCUACCACUUCCUCGACCUCUCGGCUCGCGGCCUAGGAGACCCCGAGACCACCCUCACCAAGUUUCACCCCGUCUGCCCUCCUCAUGUUGGGAAGCAGCCGAUAGCCCGGUGGUACUUCCCUCCGGAGGUGGACUAUAGGCUGUCUUUGCUUCCUCCGGAUGCCAAAGGCCUCGUGGUUUGGAUCAUCGAAGCUAAGGUCUUGUCCAAGGCAGAGCUGCAGUUUCUGGCCUUGCUUCCCACGCUGCGCCCUCGAGUUAGGGUGCUUGCUGAAUGCGGUAACUGGAGAAAAUUCAUGUGGACGCCGUUGAAAGAUAUCGCGGGACUACCAGCUACGGGAGAGAAGGUUUCCACUCAGUGACAUUCAUGGCAAUAAAAGCAGAGUAUAUAUAUAAUCCUGAAAAGAUGAAGAAUUCAAAACUCCAACUUACUAUGUAAUUAUAGCAUUCAUUUCACAUUGCCACCAGAAAUUAAUAUUUCUUGUAAAGAUUAGCAUUUUAGUUGAUAUAUUGUUCAAAACACAUUACAUGAAAUCUGGGAAAUUAACCUCACUCUGCAUAAAUUUGAUUGA